GCUUGUUGCUGGAUGUGUGUAAAUGUUUAACUGAAGUGUUUGUGCUCAGACUUUAGUCCCUCAGGAGCCUCGGACUCGUGCAGAAUGAGUUCAGCAGCAGCAGCAGGAGGAGGAGGAGGAGGAGGAGGAGGAGGAGGAGGAGGGGGGUCGGGCCUGCAGGUCCAUGCGGUCCGGUUCGGUCCAGGUCAGGAGCUGCUGGGUUCUCUGCAGGCGUUCGUGGAGGAGAAGCGACUCCGAGCUCCGUUCAUCAUCACCUGCGUGGGCAGCGUCACCAAAGCAACGCUCCGGCUGGCCGACGCCACGGCUACAAAUCCAAAUGAGGUGAUCCACCUCAGCGGACGGUUCGAGAUCGUCUCGCUGGUCGGCACUCUAAACCGGGACGCCCACGUCCACGUCUGCCUGUCGGACAGGGAGGGCCGGACGGUCGGGGGUCACGUGUUCGGAGACCUGGAGGUCUUCACCACGGCCGAGGUGGUCGUCGGCGAGGCGGUCGACCUGCAGUUCACCAGAGAGAUGGACGAGAAGACCGGCUUCCCCGAGCUCGUGGUUCAACCGCACAAAUCUGACAGUUGAGGGACUAACAACAGGUUCACCAGAUACAGCUGCUGUCGUUUAUUAUGAGAAGAAGAUUACAUUCAUAUCAUCUUAUAAAAGGUAUCCACUGAACAGACCGACCGUGAUGUAUAAGUACUCCACUACAAGUAGAAGUCUUUUAAAAUCAUACUUACAUCAACGUGUUAUAUUUAAAACUUACAUAUCGAAAGUAAAAGUACGUGUUGUGCUAGUUUUAACACAGUGAAGCGGUAGUUUAGGUUUUAGGGGUCGUGAGAUGAUUAAUUGGAGAAGAACGAAUUGUAUUAAUAUUUCUGUAAUCUUUGAAUUUAGAUUGAAAGCUGUGAAUUGGAAUAACUGAAGGUUUUUUAAGGAAGUUAAGAUGCUGAAGUAUGUUGAUGCUCGAGGCGAGAGGUAAUUGAACAGAAGUCCCAACAAAAGCAAAAUUCAUGAGAAAAAUAAAACCUCAACCUGUCCGGGGCUAAGUUUACCUGCUCUGAUUGUUUUUAAAUAAAAGUAUUCUAAGUGGG